AGGUAAUUAUUUAUUAUAACAUGUUAUAUUUGUUUCUUUUUUCUAGGAAGCUGUAAAGUACCAGCCAACAAAAUUUGCAAGAGUCAGCCACAGAUCAGAAUAUUAAUUCUCAUUUUAUUCUGUAUGGCCAUGGCCAUCUGGUGGGGUAUUGAGCGAAAUAAAAGGUAAUCAACAUAUUUCCACAGUUUAGGUCAUGUUGUAUUAAAUGUGUUGGCAAGAUAAGGCACUGUUCUCCUCCAAUAAGGAUGGGCACAAGAUUUCUUUCUUUCUUUCUUUCUUUUUUUUGAGCAGACACAGAGGAUUUAUUCUUGUUUAAUGUUUGUUUUUGGUUUUGUUUUGUUUUGCAUUUUCCUGGUAAAGUAUAAAAAAUGCAUAUGACAGAAGAGUGGCAAACUUUAAAACUGUUUAUGAAUAGUAUUGUUUUUUCCUUUUUUUUCUUAGUUAUGCCUGGGUGCUUCAAGAUAUCCUAGGGAUUGCAUUCUGUAUUAGUCUGAUCAGGAACAUCAGAUUGCCAAAUCUUAAAGUUUGUACCAUACUGCUGGUGUUGCUUCUUAUUUAUGACAUCUUUUUUGUGUUCAUCACUCCACUGUUCUCUGCUGGCAAAAGUGUAAUGGUGGAAGUUGCGACAGGUACAUGUAUGAAUCAUAUAACUUUAUACAGGCUUUGCCUUUUAUACCGGCUUUGCCUUUGGAAGAUAAUGCAAGCUAGGGGCAAAUCCAGGGAUAUUUUAUUUUGGGGGGGGGAGGGGGUCCAAAGUUGGUUUAGUUUAGUUUAGUCUUUGGUAUUUGUCAAGUAUUAAAAGAAAAUAUAUGUACAUGCGGUACUUACAGAAAAGUAUGCUGAAAGGAGUUGAAAACAGUCUGGUAGGAGCCACAAUCGACUCUCAAUCCCCUACAAUGAUUAUUAAAAACUAUAGACGACUAAACACCCACUCACAUCAGAGGAGAAAAAAUGUUUUAUAGACAGUUAAAGUGUGUGCAAUAAGAUUUCUCCCUUGGAACUAUUUCACAUCCAGUCAUUUCUAACCUUCUUCCCCGCCAGUUGUUAUAAUCUAGGAAACUAAACUAUGUGGAUCCUUAUAUGAAUUCCUCAAUGGUAAAAGUUUCAGCUUUAAAGCAUUUGGUCAAUGAAGUACUUAAAAUUUCUCUAGCUAGUUUGAUUGGUGGAUCUAGUGGUAGUAUCCUUGAGAUACAUUAAUAUGUACAUCGUAAUUUUAGUAUUAUUAUACAUGUACACUGUAUCUGACUGAGAACUUGGUUCAUAAAUGACUGUUUGUUUUGUUUGUGAUUGUGAAGGAGGUGGAAGUAAAGAACAGCUACCUAUGGUUCUCAAGGUUCCAAGACUGAAAAAGUCAACAUUGUCUGUUUGUCUUAGACCAUAUUCCUUACUGGGGUUUGGAGAUAUUUUAGUACCUGGUAAGUGCAACAUAGCUAAUUUUAUUUAUUGGCGGUCUGGUUAAAUUUUUCAUAAGUAGGUUGAGUAUGAUUGUCCUGGCACCAAGUCAGGGGCAUAGCCAGGAUUUGUCAAAGGGGGGGGGUCACAGAGACUACUCAACAGGGACACCAUCUGGGGAUCGCCGACUAUAUAUGGUUUAUACUGCUGCUCUCCCUCAUGUAUCAGCAGGCUCAGUCGUAUUAUCAUGGCAUGAAGGCCCAUAUUAACUAUUAAAAGACAAGAGCCGUUGACGACAAUACUUUACAAAAAAACAAAUUUUUAAAAAGUGGGCUUAUCAACAAUGGCUUUUACGGCCAAGAUAUUGUCAUAACGUUUUCGCCACCUGAAUAUUGUAGGUUGUUUGCUCAAAAGAAGGCCUACCAAGAGGGGGUCACAGGCACCCCAGGACCCCCCUCCCCCUAGCUACGCCCCUGUAAGUGUAUUCCUGGCCCUAGCAGCUGAAAAGGUUGAUAGCAUUAUUUACCGGAUAAAUAAAUAACUAGAACCUGAUUAUUAGAACUUUAUAAUUUCGUGAAUUUGGGGAGCCAGUAACUUGGGGGUUUUUAUUUUCACAAUUUUAACUGGUAAAUAUGAAAAAGGGCAUUAAAUUUUACAAUUUGAGCUUUCUCAACUUCAUUUUCGUUUUUUUUUUUUUUAAGUUUAAACCUUUAAAAAAAGUUAGAUAAACUGGAACAAUCAAUGUGUGAAAUCUUUGCAAACGAAAGUUAUUUCACAAAGGAUGAUACAAACAAAAUGGAGCAUACCGGUAAAACCAGUUAGCAACCUGUGUUUGUCGAUACGCAUCAUUGCUAUUAUGUGUUAAUAAAAUAUUGUUAUUUGAAUUUUCUCUAUGAGUAUUGAAUAUUGCGUGCUUAAAAUUUGCAAGGAUUGUUUUUGCAGGUUGACUUUAAUUUCGUGAAUUUUUACAAUCUCAAAAAAUGCAAAAUUAAAGACCCGCGAAAUUAACGAGCAAUAAAGGAUAAGUAUUGGGAAAAAAAGUUGAGCCCAGCUAAGUCCACCAAAAUUUUGUUUGCAUUGGUGAAUGUUACAAGUGUAGGAAAGAUUGUGUACAAUAUUAACCAUUAUAUUUUCUUAUAAAGUGGGUAGGACAGUUGAUGAAAUGUCUCUCUGUACUUGCAGAAAGUACAUGUAUCAAGCUUAAUAAAUUAUUAUUUUUCUUUUUCACAGCAUUGUAUAUAGGGUUUUGUCACUCAUUUGACAUUAUGUCAAACACACCGCGAAAAAUAUAUUACCUUGCAACUACCAUAGGUGAGACUAGAACUAUGUGUAAGUUAAACUCUUAUGAAAGUAAAGACUUGUUUAUAUAAUUAUGUACGUGUCUUGUAACAAUACAUAUUUUGUAGCUCUUGGUGAUCUGAUAAUGCAGUAAACAACAAGUACAUGUUGACAGUUACAAAUCCCGUACAUUGCAUUUUUAUUUACCGGUAAUUUGUCAUUGUUAUGAUCUGCAUCAUCUUUGGUCAACUUUCAGCUGAUAAAGACUCUGCUAGUUAUUGUCAGCCAUUUGCUGACAAAAAAAGUCUUAAGUGGACACUUAACUUGUUAUUUAACACAAUGUGAACACCACAGGAGCAAAUAAUAUCACAUGUAGGUAUAUAGCGAAUUCUUUCACAAUAGGUUCAAAGUUGUUGUCACCCUUGACAAUGAAUGUUCUGCUAUUUGUGAACCACACCGGCCUGUGGUUAAGUCUGUAUAAUUGUACCUACUAAUAUAACAUUAAGGACUGAACUGAUUUUGUUUGAUUUAUUGCAGCUUAUGGCAUAGGCUUGCUCCUAACAUUUGUUAUGUUAUUUGUGAUGCAACAAGGACAGCCUGCCUUGCUGUACUUGGUGCCAUGUACGCUGAUAACUGGCUAUGUGAUUGGCUGGUUGCGUGGUGAUCUGAAAAGGCUGUGGACAGGAAGAAUGGUAUUAACCUCCUCGCUCUUGUUUUAUCUCCCCUUUCCUUCUCAGCAUCUAUCUAGAUUGCAUGUUAGUAUUCUGUGCUUUUCGCCCUUUCUUUAUUCUGACUUACCUUUUCAACGGGCUGUGUCACUGCUGGCUAGUUCAUUUUGUAUGCCAGUUAUGUGUCCUUAUUUGCUGUACUGUAGAAGAAGACAUCACAUCUUUCAGUCAGUAUGACUGAAGAGGCUCAAGACUUUUAGUUUAUAUUUUUACAGUUUUCACAGUUUGUAGGUUUUUUUUGUUUGUUGAAUGUGUAAAAAGACAUGAUGUCUUCUCUAGUUCAAGGUAUUUUAACACAUUACUUUCUAACUAUUACUUGUAAAUGACAAAAUCACAGCUUAUUUCAUGUCAAAGAAUUACAUUGGACACCCUCAAGACCGAGGCUGGUGUCCCCUGAAUAGAGGUAGGGCUGGGGUUUGUUAACAAUUAACCAAUAAAGAAAAUAUAUGUUUUUUAUUCUGCAUCGGAAUCUGCUGCAGUCAUUAUUUCAAGCAGCCAGACAAUUAACGUUUCUCUACGGCAUUGUGUAUGUCCAGUACAUCGGUUUAAGUGAGGUUGUUCAUGUUGUGAAAGCUUUCAUCAUUGCGAUUGGUUUACACUCUAACUUAUCAGCCCUCUUUGUGGUCAGUUACGUUUUGAGUUCACUAUGAUGUUCCACCCCUAAAGAGAGGUUAAACCUUGGUUUCGGAACCCUAGAAAUAUUGUCCCUUUCCGCUGAAUAAAUGUGUCCUUCAAUAGAGGUAACCGAUACAGAGAUUAUGUGAACAUUUUUCUGGAACCAAAUUUGUCUGAUCAUGAAUGGAGGUGUUUUUUGAAUACAGGUGUCCCAAAGGAGAAAUUCCUCUGCAUGUCGUCCAAGCGUUAUAAUUAUUAGAUGUUACAAACAACAGAAAUGAGCUUUGAAAAAUAAGUUUGUCCAUCUGUGCCUCCUUUUAUUUUGUUGUGUUAAUUACACCUUUUGUUUUUUGAGCGGUUAUUUUUAUCUUUCACUCAGUUUGGUGGCAAUUGCCACUGUUUGAAUAUGAUAAAUUUGGUGACACAGCUCCUUUAACAGUGUAUUACCUAUGUACAAUAACUAAUUAUAUGAAAGUAGAUCAUCACAGUUGUAGAGGCAACUUUUGCAGUUGUGAAAAGAAAGCCUGAAAAAAAUUGUACAAGAUUCAAACCCUUGACCUCUGCCAUACCUGUGCAGCACUCUUUACCUUGAGCUAACAAGCCAACUGGGAGCAGGUUUGCUUGUUAGGUCAAGUGGUAAGACAGCUGCACCAGUAUCACAGUGGUCAAGGGUUUGAAUCCCGUACAAGCCUGAAUCAGGCUUUCUUUUCGCAACUUGCAAAAGCUGCGUCUAUAACUACGAUGAUCUACUUUCAUAUAAGUCUUCACCCUGCAGUUCACAUAUAUGUUUUUCAUAUAUUCAUAACUUUAGGAUAAAUAAGUAAAGUGGUAGAUUCCACAUAUUGGCUGAUGAACCAAACUAAGUGAAAAAUAUUUUUUCACGUGUACACUAUUGGGACCUAGAAACACAUCAUGUGACUUUACAUGUAGGUCAUGGGCAGUUUUAUCUGAUGCAUAGCACUAAAGGUUUCAAGUUGGAACAUGGAAAUUUGGUUAUUGGUCUACACUGAUGCCAUUAAUGAAUAUCAUGUUAUUGGAAUAAUUCAUUCAUUCAAAAUAUCAGUCAUCAUUAAUUUUCCUACUUUCUAGUAUUAUUAUAACCUUCGGAAGGUUUUCAUUUCCCUUUCCACUCUAUUCUUUGGCUUUCUUUUCUGCCUUUUCUUUUUCUCUUCUUUUUUUCCUUUUUCUUUCUUUAUAAAAAUAAUAAUGGUAAUGAAAUCUUUGAUGAUAAUAAUAGUAAUGGUCAUAAUAAAAAAAAGAUAGAAAAGGCUAAAAUUAAAAAGUUGUUCAUUACAUGUCUACGUGUAACAGGAAUUUCUCAGCCUAUAAUUUAUGUUUUUAUUUGUUCAUGUCACCCGUGGCUACCAUCAUGGAAGAAACAAGCCAAGGGAGUUAAUCUGCUCAUCGAGUUACAUAUGUUCACCCAUUGUCGUCUUUUAAGGAACAGCUAGUUAUAGCAAGUUUAUUUUUAUUUAUUUAUAAUUUUCACUAAAAAUUGGAAUUUGUUUCUCCCAUGCAACCACCAUAUUUUUGGGAAACAAGAGAACCCUGGGAUUGAGGUUAAUUUUUUUUCACAGAUCGCUUUUGUAAAUAAUAAGACUGUGUAUUUAUCAAAAUGUGUGAUUAACAAACUGGAAUGUUUUGUUAAGACCUGGACUUAGCUUGCUGCAUUAUGUGUUGUUUUUUAAUUGAAUAAUUAUACUGUUGAUGUUCUUCUUCUAGGGUCCUGAUGAACCUCUACUAACGAGUGGUAAUGAAAGUGAGGAUGAAAUCCUGAGUAGGGAAGGUCCACGAACACCACAGGAUCCACCGGAAACUCAGAGACUUAUAAAGACUGAGAAUUGAGGAUGAUAAAUUUAAAUACUUAGUUAAAAAUGUUUGCUACAGAUGAAGGAACUAAUUCAUGUAAAUUAUAAAUUUAAAUGUAGUUUUAAUUAUUUUUGUGCUUACUACAUUAAUUUGUUAUAAAGGUCACAUAGGUAACUCAUUUGUUACAGUAACUGAGUACAUUAAUAUAGGUUUGAGUUACAGCUGUAGCUAGAGAGAUAAGUGAGGUAAUUAUUUAUAGUUUUGGAGUGAGCUCAUGAUAGGGAAAAACAGCUUCACAGAGAGGUACUGUAUGUGUAACUUAACCCUUCUGCAAGUCUUCUGACCCUGUCAAAGAUCUCUUGCCUUUAAACAUUUUUAUAAAAUUGAUCCAACAGUUUCUGUAAAUUCUUGUAUAACAUUUAGAUAUCAGUAUGUCCAGUGGUACCAACUUUGUUGGAAUCAAUAAUUAUUGAUUCAGCAAGCGGUUGAUUAUUGAUUAUUUCACAUGGUUUUCUAAAGAAAUGCGAAAUAUGAUCCUUAUCUUGUACAACAUAGUCUCUUCAAAAACUAGGUCACGUGUGCUGAUUUUGGGGGAUAAUUAAUUCCUAUUAUUUGCAAUGAGCAUGGGGUAAAAUAGUGAGGGGAAUCAUUUAUUAAUUUUUCAUUUGAGGAAAGAAAGAAUUGAAGGGGUGGGUGGGAGAAAAUCUUGAGUGAUUAAUAUUUGUACAAAAGUUUUGGGUUAUUCUAGUUGUUCUACUUUUAGGGUUUGUACAGAGUCUGCUUGCCGUGCAUCCAUGAAAAAAAGCUUUGUUCCUGCAUUUUUCAAGGUCUCAAUUGAUCCUUGAGUCUGAAUUUUGGAUCCAAAUAUCUUUACGAACCCUGUACUUUAAUAUUAAGUAAAAUGAAAAGUACUAUGAUCUUAUUAUUUGACUGUCAUGCUGCUUAAAAUCUGUUCACAC